GCCAGGUUUCCGCAAAAUCUGGUGAUUUCACCUUCGAUUUCUUUCGAUUCCUUCAAAUUACACCGAUCAAUCAUCUUCAUCUUCUUCGAUUGACCUACCGAAGCUUUGAUUUGAAGAAAAUGGUGCGAAAAGGGGGAAAACUGAAGAGUAGAAGUGUUACGCCAGAAUUCGAUGGAUCCGCAGCCAAGGUUACUCGUGAAUCGGCGAUCUAUGAAGAACCUGAGCUUGGAUUUGGGAAAUCGCAACGUUCUCAGCGAUCGGAGGGAUACGGAACUCAAGGAUCGAUGUCGCGCCUAUCGGAACCGUCGGAUAAUCCUUUCAAUCUCCAAUCCUCCGAUCACCCAGGUUUAACGAUCGUUGCUCAUGUCUUAGAUGGAUCAAAUUACAAUAGCUGGUCUAUAGCGAUGAAGAUAAGUUUAGAGGCUAAGAAUAAGCUUUACUUUAUUGAUGGAUCUAUGUUGAGACCAAGUGAAAGUGAUUUUGAUUUCAGGAUAUGGAGUAGAUGUAACAGUAUGGUGAAGUCGUGGAUCCUAAAUGUCGUCAACAAGGAGAUUUAUGAUAGCAUUUAGCCCUGGGCAAAUAAUCCGAAACCGAACAAACCGAUCCGAACCGAUCCGAAUAAACCGAUUUGGAUCAGAUUCGGUUUAUCUCUUAAAACAGAUCGGUUUCUAUAUUGAUUAGAAAUCGGAUUUCGGUUUUAAACCGAUCCGAACCGAAAACCGAUCGGUUAUCCGCUAAACCGAAUACAUAUUUAAUUUUAAUACA